CAUUCGCCCAAGAUUCUCGCAUUCCGCGCGAGUCGCCGCUCGCUAUGGUCUCCUAACAGGCCCUGUAAAUACUUCUUGAGCCACCCACGUCGUCCCUUUCACCACGACUCAUCACUUGACGCCAACGCCCACAUCAACACCGAACUACGGUCGAGCGCAAUGAACUGGUCCUCCUCCACCAUCACCGGCCUCUCGUCCGACACGGGCCCCACGAUCGUCAUCACCUUCGAGUCGGGCAAAUACGUGUUUAAUGUGGGCGAGGGCACGACAAGAGCGCAUCUCCAGACGAGGAGGGGGUGGAAGAAGGUCAAGGCGAUGUUUUUGACGCAGGCGACGACGGAGCGGAUGGGCGGUAUGACCAGUUCGAUGAUGGCCAUAGCGGACGCUUCGGCGCGUCAGCUCGAUAUCGUAGGUCCGCCAGGCAUCCUCCAUAUCCUCGCAUCCAUGCGUCAUUUCUUCUACCGCGAUACCCUCCGCCUCAGCGUUCACGAAACUUCCUACCUAUCCCUUUCUCCACCCAUCGACUCCGGCGCCACCGCCACCGCCACCCUCCCAACCGACCCACCCCCCGUCUUCAAAGACGAAAACAUAACAGUCUGGGCUAUCCCUCUCUUCUCCACCUCCUCCACCACAUCUGCACCAUUAACUUCUCUGAACACGAGUAACGGAGAUGGAGAUGGAGACGUCACGAUGUCCACCUCCGAUCCACUCGGCUCUCUAAAACGCAAACGCGACGACUCUACAGCAGAGGAUACUCCUUCUAAAAAACCUGCCCCCGUUAGUUCUGGUGCUGCUACCUCUCCUCCCGAUGCUGUCUCUCCCUCUGAACCCACGACCACCGAUACCUCUUCCACCCCGUCCCGAACCGCAACCGCAGACGCAACUCAAGCACCCCUCCUAGACCGCUACCGCGCCAACCCGCACGAAUUCUCCAUCCAGUCUCUCACCGGCGCCGAAGCUGAGGAAUGGCGAAACCUGACCGUCGGGCACAUGUUCACGUUGGCUGAAUCGGAGGCUGCUCCUCCCGUGAAAGAUGACGAGAACGCCAAAGGAAGAGAAGGGAGGGAUGGUAGAGGUGGAAAGGGCAAGCAGCACAAGAAGGGCAAGAAAGGACGCACCGACCAGCCCUCGACCACGGAUCCCAAAUCGAGUGAAGCUCCCCCUCCUCCCCCGCCUGCAACGACAACGAACGGCCGAAGAGAUCGCGGGCCCGCGCGUUUCAACCCCGCGAAAUCGUUCCACCAGCUUCCGCGAUUCGACCUUCCUUCUUUGUCCUCUUCCUCCCUCUCUUCCUCUUCCACCACCCAACUCUCACCCCCAGAUGCACCCUCUUCCUCAGCUCCACACCCCGCACCGUCCUGCGCCUACCUAAUCCUCGGCCCGCGCAUGCGCGGCCGGUUCAACGCGCAACGCGCAGAUGAACUGGGAUUGAAAGGACCCCUGCGUGGACGGGUGAGUAAGGGGGAGACUGUUACGUUUUCUGUGGAGGUGGAUGAUGGAAAGGGAGGAAAGGAGACGGUGGAGAGGACGGUGAGGCCGGAGGAGUGUGUGGGGGAGAGUGAGGCGCCUGUGGCAUCCCUAAUAAUCGACGUCCCCACACCCUCGCACAUCCCCUCCCUCCUCGCCGCUUUCUCCUCCUCCUCCCACCCCCUGUACGCCAAAUUCCGCUCCAAAGACCCAAAGGACCAUAAAGAGGUGAACACGCAUAUGGUGUAUCAUCUCCUGGGCGAGGGCGUGCUAGAGGACGAGCGGUAUGGGGAAUUCAUGAGGGGGUUCGCUGAUGGGACUUAUCACAUGGUCGCCUCCCGCGCACACAACGCCGACCCGAUGACCUUCACCAGCGUCGCGCUCAACCAGCUAAGGCUGAACCAGCUCGAUCCGGACAUGUUUCCUUCGUUGAAAUACAGGCUCGAGGCUGAGAGGGCGUUGUCGUCCAUCCCCAACCUCCCGCGAAACACUUUCCCCCUCGUCUCGAACACGUUCACGGAUCAUAGACCGGCCAAACCGCCGGUUAUUGACAGUGAGAUUCAAUCGAGGGAUUUAUUCCAUCCUGUCGUCACUUCCUCGCCCUACCCUUCCUUCUCUUCCUCUUCCUUCUCCACCAGCACCUCCUCCUCCUCCACCAGUACCACCACUAUCACCGCCGCCGCCUCUGCUCCUGCUCCUUCUGCUCCAUCUGCUGCCCCGCUAGUAGAGCUAUCCCCCUCGACUUCGGAGAGCUACGUGACAGCGCGGGAGAGGGUACGGGCCGUGGCGAGUGAGAUGGAAGGAGGAGGGGAGGGAGGAAGGCCGGGAGACGAUAUCGUUGUGAUUCCGACGGGGACGAGCAGUGCGGUCGUUAGUCGGUUUAGGAACGUCUCUGGCCUACUCAUCCAACUCCCCAAACGGGCCGGGUACGUCAUUUUCGACGCGGGCGAGGGGACUUGGGGCCAGAUCGUUAGGUUUUUCGGGGUUGAGAGCGGUUCGAACCCUGGUAAGGAGAAGAAAAGGCAAGAGGAGGGAGAGACGGCGUAUGAUGUGUUGAGGACGUUGAAGUGCAUCUUCAUAAGUCAUAUCCAUGCGGACCAUCAUGCGGGUUUGGGCAGGAUAUUGGCGUUGAGGGCUAAACUCAACCCACCACCCCCAGACCCUCUCUACCUCAUCGCACCCGAGACCGUCCAUCUCCACCUGCGUGAACUCUCAGACACCGAACCGCUCGGGCUCGCUUCGUCGCUUGGGACGCGGAACGGGGUGAUACCCAUCCUGGCGGAACAUAUAGAUGUCGUCGCUAAGGCCUGUAAAGGGAACGGGAACGGAUACGGGGGAGGGUACGGGUAUGGGGGCAGGAAGCGUGAGGAGCCGGAGGGAUAUACGCUCGAUAUGGGUGGAGGUGUUAAUGUGUGGUAUGAAGGAAGGGAGGGCACGGAGUGGAAGGGGCAGGGGAAUUCGCGGUUGGCCGCGGAGUCGUUGUGCGAUAUGAUGGGACUGAAGAGCAUCGAGACCGUGAAUGUUAAGCAUCGCGUCCGGGCGUAUGGGAUCGUGAUGACGCAUCGGGAUGGGUGGCGGAUCGUUUAUUCAGGCGAUACCCUACCGACGAACAACCUCGUCCUAGCAGGCCAAGACCCCACGCUCCUCAUCCACGAAGCCACCCUCGCCGACGACCAAGAAGAAAUGGCAUUCAAUAAGGCGCACACGACGGUCGGCCAGGCUGUCAAUAUCGCCAAGCAGAUGCGAGCUGAAAACGUCCUCCUCACACACUUCUCCUCGCGUUACCCACACAUGCCAGACUAUAUCUCCGAAUCAUCACCCGCGCCCUCUCGUCGUUCAUCCCCCUCUCCCUCAACACCGCAACCCGACCAGCCCACCCAAAGCCGGAAAGGAAGCGAUAAUAGUCCGGCGGUGGCGAUCGCGCUGGACCACGCGAGGCUGAGGGUGGGCGAUAUGUGGAAGAUGCAGCUUUAUUUGAAGGCGAUCGAGAAGAGCUUUUGGGAUGUGAGGGAGGAGGGGGACGAGGAGGAGGAAGAGGCGGUGAUGAGGGCUAGUAUGGGCGACCAUCAUCAUCAUUAGUGCCAGCCUACGGUAGGCAUCAGUUAUGUUUCAAGAAGGUCACUCUGGGUUUCUGUCAAGGAGAGAUGGAGCGCCUGUGAUCUACGUAGGUAUGAGAAUACAUGGUGAUAGACCAUGAGUUUCGAC